AUGGGUGCAGUCGCGCCACUCGGAAGUUCGGAUGCCACCUAUCCCCUCUGUUACUUGGCCGAGGUCGCCAUCGGCCGUCGCGGUACGAAUGGGUCAACAACACCUGUCUACGCCUUUCCCAUCAUGGUGAUGACUUCUGGUCUAUUCAUCGCGGGCGGAUGGGAAAUUGGAGAUGGGGCGCAAAAGAAGCAUCUCCGGACUUUCUGCAAUGCCAUUUCUCUAAUAUACUAG